ACGAACAUGGCACAGCAUUUCGUUAGAUGCACGGAUUAUCCCAUGGAUCUCACUUUCUCAAAGGCCUUAUUCUGUGAUUAUGAAACAGGUGGUGCCUUACGAUCCGGAGUCACCUUAGAAGAACUGAGGAUAUCUGACUUUGGCAAGAUUGCGACGGACUCGUCAUUUGUCGAAUUGACCCAUGGUUGCGGCAUGAACUGGCCUUUUGCGCUUCUCCAACCAUUUCUUAAAACAAGACAGCGUCCAAACCUUCCUGAAGAGAGGCCUCGCCGGUUCGAGACUUACUUCCGCAGCGCUUCCAAAGAGCGAGGGGCUAAAGAAAGUUUCGUGCAAUCUGUCACAGACUGGGUAGCCUGCAAUCCAUCUGAGCCAAUCGUGGGUGACAUCUCUGACGAUGUUCCGUUAAGUGAUGCCAGAAAAGAAGUAGCAACCAUCUGCGAGAACCAUUACAGCCAUGAUAGAAUACUGCUUACAUCUUUAGUCAAGAGCGCUUCUCGGCAUCCGCUCUACGAAGCAGAUGAACCACAACCUCCCCCAGGCAGAUUGGACGACUGGGCAUCAUUUGUCUUCUCUAGACAUAUACAGCGUAUCCUGGCUGUCCCUCUUCUGUCUGAGCUCAAGAGAAAGGAUGUAAAUACAGCAACUAUUGUGACAGCGCAUAUGCUUCUCGAGAGUGGUCGUAGCUUCGUCCACGAAUUCGAGAAGAUAGGAAAACCCCCGCUCAACUGUCGGAUCAUUGUUCUAAGACGCGCUAACGAGGUCCUCAACGCGAUCAACGAUCUAAACCGGGGACGAAUCUUCCAAGUGAUAACUGUAAAGUACCUGGAGACGCUCACCGAUAAGCUGCACGUGUUCAUCUCCGAUAAGACUUUCGAUCUCUAUUCUCAGUCUCCCUGGGUUGCAGGAAGCCAGAUGUCUGGUAUGUCAGACCUUUCGCUAUUCAUUGGGCUCGAGAUACUAAGGGAAGGGGACUGCCUCGGGGCCGUCGUACAUCUCUAUAACAUGUUGCAGCAGAUCCUGAACGAUUAUGCGGAAAUUCCGAUACUAGAACAUCUGAGGACUCUUUUCAGGUCGAACGUCUUUGCAUGCAACCAGGAGCCGCGUAGGACUUUUGGAAACACCUUCGAGUUAUUCGGUGGUGGAGCGAAGACCUACAAAGUCCCAACAGUUGAUAUCAAUAUCAUCAUGCAAGACAAACGAAGGAAAGCUAGUCGUCGCGAAGAAGAGAUAUUCUCGAAGUUCUCACUAGUCCGGACGUCUCUGGCAGCACAUGAAAGCUUGUUUAAUGCUUAUGCGCUCCGUCCCGAAUUCAUGGAAGAUCGGCUUGGAGUGGAUCGCAAGGUGUUGCGGAGAUGUCUGAAGACCAGACUAGAAGACCUCUUCGACAACUACCCGCCAUCGGACCUCGUCCAGCGUGCGCGAGAGGUUCUUCGAUCCGAGUACGAUGGUACCUUGGCUUUAGCCCAGCUGAAUUGCUUUGCCGUCCUUCGUCUUUGUCAUGAUAUACUGUUGGGGAUCGUAGCACGCUUCAAGGCACUCGGCACAGCAGCAUGGCCACCAGAGGUCUACGAAAACGGGCUGUGGGCCAUCGAAGAAGUCAAUAUCCAAAACGCCAUCUUUUGCCUUUGUAUCACGAUGCGGCUUGUUGAUGUCAAGUGGGACGAUAUCUACCAGGAGGACAAGUUCAGUAGUAAGAACCACAAGCAGAUCAAGGACUACAUAGAGGGCCUGACGCCAGUAGCGAUAAUGCGAGACGUGAUCGCCGAGGAAUGCGAGGGUAAAAACGUGGAGGAUUUUCUAUGGAGGAAUGUCUGAGCAGC